CCACAGUACAGAGAGCGAGCGGUGCGUUACGUAACCGCUGAUAACACGUUGUUUGUAAUUUUUCUGCUUUUUCACUAAUCGCGGGUCGUAGGCAUUUAGUAGAUUUAGUAUUGAGUCAGCAUGAAUGCAGUCAAGUUAUUUAAGAAACCAUUGCAAUUAUGCAGAAUUGCAAAGGUGACUGAGUUGGUUAGAUUCUCCAGCAAUGCCACCAACAUCCAACCACUGGAGGGCAUCCGUAUACUGGAUAUGAGCAGAAUCGUAGCUGGUCCGUACUGCACCAUGAUCUUGGCAGAUUUGGGUGCAGAAGUUAUUAAAGUUGAAAGACCAGGCAGUGGAGAUGAAGCCAGGAAUUGGGGACCACCAUUUGUAGGCAGUGAAUCAUGUUAUUUCAUCUCAGCCAAUCGCAAUAAAAAGAGUAUGUGUGUGAACAUUCAAACAGAGAAAGGCAGGGAAAUCCUCUAUAAUUUAGCUCAGCACUCAGAUGUGUUAGUGGAAAACUAUGUUCCUGGUAAAUUGGAUCAGUUGAAGUUAGGUUAUGAGCAUUUCAAGGAAGUAGCGCCACAAUUAAUUUACUGCUCAAUCAGUGGUUAUGGUCCGGAUGGUCCUUACAAAAAUAAACCUGGAUAUGAUGUUAUUGCUGCCUCUAUUGGUGGUCUCUUACACAUCACUGGCCCAGAAAAUGGUGAGCCAGCUAAAGUAGGUGUUGCUGUAACAGAUCUAGCAACAGGUUUAUAUGCUCAUGGAGCCAUAAUGGCUGCUUUAUUAAAGAGAGCUAAAACUGGAAAAGGUCAAAAAAUUGAUUGUAAUUUACUAAGUACUCAAGUGGCGAGCUUAAUAAACAUUGGCUCAAACUAUCUGAAUGCUGGAAAAGAGGCUACCAGAUGGGGUACAGCCCAUGAGAGUAUUGUGCCAUAUGAAGCAUUCCCAACAAAAGAUGGGUAUUUCACGAUUGGAACAGGCUCAGAUGCUCAAUUUAAACAUUUUUGUAAAUUGAUAGGACAAGAAGAACUGGGUACAAACCCUAAAUAUCUCACCAACAAAGAUCGCGUGAAGAAUCGGCAAGAAUUAAUUGCUCUUAUCAAGAGCGUUAUGAUUGAACAUCCAAAUUCUUAUUGGAGCAAAUUAUUUGAUAAGGCUCAAUUCCCGUGCGGACCAAUAAACAAUUUAGAAAAUGUUUUCAACGAUCCGCACAUUAAGGAAAUCGAAUUAGUCAAGGAAAUUGAACACCCGACUGCUGGUAAAAUUAAAUUAGUUGGACCACCGGUGAAAUACAGCGACGGCGGAAAUUUGGUGAAAAUGCCUCCACCAACUCUCGGUCAACACACAGAUGAAAUCCUCGAAGAAGUUUUAAAAUUCGAUAAAAACGUCAUUGCCCAAUUGAAACAAGAUAAAAUCAUUCAAUAACAUAUUCUACUAUACUUGCCAUACACAACAAUACUAACAACAUUCUGAUAA